GCAGGUAGAGUAAUGCAAAACAGUUAUUUUUAUCUUUUUUGGGUGGAUCUUGGCUGCAUGAAGCAAACCAGAAAUGGCAUCACCACAAACACUUCAGCCUGUCCUGAAGAUGAAGGUCGACGAGCUCUUCCUCUUUUGGUUGAGUGAGCCAAGUACUCAGGCGAUGCUAAAAGACUACCUCAACAAAAUCAAGAACGGGGAAGAAAUAGAUCUAAGGCAUGCUGAUUUCAAGGGCACAAGCACAUUGGUAUUAACAGAAAACAACAACAACAUCUUUGCCUCGAAGAUUAAUGUGACCGAGAGGAUGACUGCGGCCCUUGGUGCUCCGUGCAGCCCUCCUUCAGCAACCCUGCCAUCUGCGAGUGGCAGCAAUAACAGAGCGGGAGUGAAUGCGAGGGCCUUGCGACGCUCUGUCAGCACUAAGAAGCAGGCGCAGGCUAAGAAAGAGGAGCCCGUUACACCAGCUUUAAGUGAGAGCAUUCCAAAGUUCUACUUCCCUCAAGGACAGCCCCAGGCCAACAUCAACAUAGACAAUCUUAUUUCCAAGAUAGAAAAAAUAUUUUCUCAAUUUCCUGAUGAAAGAGUCACUAUUAAAGACAUGGGGCUAGUUGCCAAGGCUUGCGAGUGCCCACUCUAUUGGAAAGCUCCAUUGUUCCAUGCUGCCGGAGGAGACAGGAGGGGAUAUGUGUCCGUUCACAAGUUUGUGGCAAUGUGGCGAAAGUGCUUUUUCUGCCAACAGGUAGUCCAAAGGAUAUUUUAUAAUGUAAACCGCUCAUGGACUGGAAAAAUAACAUGCUCAGAACUCAGGAGAAGUAGUUUUCUACAGAAUGUGGCACUACUGGAAGAAGAGGAAGAGAUUAACCAGUUGACAGAGUUCUUCUCCUAUGAACAUUUCUAUGUCAUCUACUGUAAAUUCUGGGAGCUGGACACAGAUCACGACUUGUACAUAGACCAGAGAGACCUGAUGCUACAUAAUGAUCAAGGUACCAGUCCACCCGCUGCGCCCUUAAAGGUCCCCUGA